UUCCAACAUGGCGACAUACGGGACGUAAAAUCUAGUUUUUGGGUACAACAUCACGGAUUAUCGCAUCAUUUGGACCAAAUGAAAGCUAUUUGGCUAUCAGAAAUCCGUCCAUAUACUAUAAUAACUAUUUCAUUUUGCUAGUGAUUGUGUUUUCACGAGUCAUUGGGAGAUGUAUCGUCGCGGAGCGGCAAAGAAGGACCACAACAACAAACCGGUGAAGAAGGAUGUGAGUGACAGUGAUAAAUACGCCGACCUCUUGGUGUUCGGAUACGCCUGCAAACUGUUUCCAGACGACGAAAGGGCGCUUUACCAUGAACAUGGAAAACAUCUCAUCCCAUGGAUGGGGGACAAGAGCAUCAUGAUUGAUAGAUACGAUGGGCGUGGUCACUUACAUGACCUUUCAGAGUAUGACAGCGGGUCAUGGAAUACAUCCUACCAGCUGUCAGAGGAGGAGGCCAGGAUUGAGGCGCUCUGCGAUGAGGAGAGGUACCUGGCUCUGCACACCGACCUGCUGGAGGAGGAGGCCAGACAAGAGGAGGAGUACAAACGUCUGAGUGAGGCUCUGGCUGAUGAAGGCACCUACAAUGCAGUGGCCUUCAAAUACAGUGCUGACUACUAUGAUCCCUCUCAGCCCACCGAGGAGGAGGAUGCUAACAGGGCAUGUGAAGAGUUGGAGCCUGAGGAGAAUGAGGAACCAUUUGUUGCUCCCCCGGGACUCACUAUCCCUCCUGAUGUGGAACUGCCGGCAACCAUCAAGACCCAUAACAUCAUUGAGAGGACAGCCAACUUUGUAUCUCAGCAGGGGGCUCAGUUUGAGAUAGUCCUGAAAGCUAAGCAGUCCGGUAACUCCCAGUUUGACUUUCUUCGUUUCGACCAUUACCUGAACCCUUAUUACAAACACAUCCUGCGGGCCAUGAAGGAAGGCCGAUACAACCUUGUCUCCGCCAAGAAGCAAGAGCAGUCACAGGAAUCCCAAUCUGAUGAUUCAGAUGAGGAUGGGGAUGGCAAUUACCUCCAUCCCAGCCUGUUUGCCCCUAAAAAGUGCUCUCGCCUGGAGGAGCUGGUGAAGCCUCUUAAAGUAAUGGACCCAGACCAUCCUUUGGCAGCACUCGUACGAAAAGCCCGACAGGAAAGGAACGGCACAGCAACAGUGGAAACCAAAGCAGAAGAAGUGACAGACCCAGUUGUAUCCAGCACACCAGCGCAGUACACUGCUGACCCAAAUGCAGCAGCAAUGUACUACGGGUACUACAUGCUUCCUGAUGGAACAUUCUGCUUGGCUCCACCUCCCCCAGGGAUAGAUGCCAGCACCUACUAUAACAGUAUGCCCGCAACUGUCAUGGCUCCCCCUACAUCUUCUGAGGCUUUACCUAAUGUGGGAACUACACCCACCCCAUCUGAAACUAUUACCAUGGCACCAACAGCUACAGCCCCCUCUCAGGUCGCCAGCUCUGCUGCUCCUGCGGUUGUACCAGAAACCAGUUCGAAACCCGAUACUCAAGUUUCUGCACCGGCAACAACAGCCAUCAUCCCCCCGCCACCUGACACCCAGCCAGUCAUAGACAAGCUGGCCGAGUAUGUUGCUAGGAACGGUCUUAAGUUUGAGGCCAGUGUCCGUGCCAAGAAUGAUCCACGGUUUGACUUUCUGCAGUCUUGGAAUCAGUACAACUCCUAUUAUGAGUUUAAGAAGAAUUACUUCUUGCAGAAGGAAGGAAAAUGCUUUCCAGAGGAUGAUACAGUAGAUGAUGACGACAAUGAUGAUACGCUUCAAUCUGGCACGUCAGUCCAGGAUUCCAUGCUGACGAAAGCCUCUUUUGCCCCCAUCUGUUUUGCCAUCAAAGCGAAGGAAAAUGAUAUGCUGCCGCUGGAGAAGAACAGAGUUCGGUUGGACGAUGACUCCGACGAGGACAAGUUGCUGGAGGAGCAGGGGCUGGAAGCUCUAUUGGGUGGAGCUGAGAUGGUUGAUAAGGAUCCUGCUCCAGUCAGUGCACCAGAGGAGAAGAGACCCUCCCUCAGCUUGGAGGAGCUGGAGGCAAAACAAGCCAAGCAGAAACUGGAAGACCGUCUAGCAGCUGCAGCCAGAGAGAAGCUGGCCCAGGCAUCUAAGGAGUCGAAGGAGAAACAGCUACAGGCGGAGAGGAAGAGGAAGGCAGCGCUCUUCCUACAGACCCUUCGCAGCCCCUUCGCUGGGGAGCCUGAGUCCAAGAGAGCUGGGCUAGACCCAGCUGCACAGCUUGAGUUGCAAGAAGCCCUCUCUGUCCUGACUGACGCUGUGCCUCCUCAAGUGUCGUCUGCACCACCUGCGUAUCCUCAGGAUCAAAGACCAGCCGGGGAGAACAAAGGAGCGUAUCGCAGCAGGGAGCCGCCAUCCUCCUCAUCCUCCCACACUACCUCCAGAGGAGCAGCAAGAGAUCGCGACAGAGAUCGCGACAGAGAUCGGGACAGAGAUCGGGAGAGAGAUCGGGAGAGAGAGCGAGAGAGAGAGCGAGAGAGAGAGAGAGAGCGAGACAGAGAGAGAGAGCGAGAGAGAGAGCGAGAGAAAGAUCGAGAGAGAGAACGAGAGAGAGAACGAGAGAGAGACAGAGAGCGAGAGAAAGAAAGAGACAGAAAUAGGGACAGAGAUAGGGAUAGAGACAGAGACAGGCACAAAGGGAGGGACAAAGACAAAAAGAAGAAAAAACACAAGAGGAGGUCAAGAUCGAGAUCGAAGUCGAGGUCAAAGUCGAAGAGCAAACACUCCCUUCCCAGUGCCUACAAGAGAUCCCGCAAGUCCCGAUCCCACUCACACUCCCCGGGGAGAAGGGACAGGAGGGGCGCCUCAUCCGAGAGGAGGCGUGACGAGAGAGAGCGGGAGCGCCAUCAUCCCAGCAGCAGCUCUAACCUGCCCAGGGGGCAUUCCAGAUCCAGGUCCCCUGCUGAAAAAAGGAGGACCUUCUUGUCAUCCUCAGGACAGAUGCAAAUUGUGGGUUCCUCUCUCUCCCCAUGUUCCUCACCCGGCAGAGUUUUGUCCCCGUCAGCUAGCCCCGCCUCCAGCCUGGCUCACUCCAGGGGUGGAUCUCUGGAGAAAGACAAGGCAGUGGCCUCAUCCAUUGUAUCCUCUGUUCAGUCCAAAAUAACUCAGGAUCUGAUGGCCAAAGUGCGAGCCAUGCUUGCCACCUCCAAGACCUUCCAGCCUCCCAAUUCCUAAAGAGGACAUGGCUUUCUACUGGCCACAACAACAUCGGCCAAUCAGCGAGCGGCAUUCUCCGAUUGCCUGAAGAUUUGUUUGGCCCGAAUUUGUUCCAUCUCCCAGUGUUCAUACUCGAUUUAUGAUUUAAUCUCGAUUUGAGCGUUGGCAGAUCCAGUUUGAUUACGUUAUGACUUAUUCAGUAUUGUAAGAUUGAUUAAAGGGCAGUCAGUAAGCUGAAAUAUAUCACCUGACCUGAGAAAACAGCUCAUCACCUCGGAGAUCAUGUCAGCAGUUGGCAUUUUUUAAGUGCAAAACGUGGAAAUAAAUCAUAUGUUAUUUUUGCAUCCUGUUUUAAAAACGCUCUGCUUUUCUCCCACGUGGUGACAGUGAUUCCUUGCAGCAUUAAGUGAAGCUGCCGGAGGUCUGUAUUCUCUCCUUCUAUGAAGGGUUGUGUUGUUCUGAUGAGUUCAAUUCUCUCCUCCCUCAUCUACUAUUCUCUGCCAUUGUUUUCCCUUUUAUUUCCGCCCCCUAGCUGUCUCUGCUCUUCAGCACUUCACACGUCUGCUGCUGAAGCCCUUUUAAUUUUCUCCUCUGUCCCUGAGCUCUAGUGCGUGGCCUUUUACUUCAGUUCCUGGUUUAUACUGUAAUGGAAUUUAAUGCAGAACAACUUUCUAAUCCUAACUGUUAAUAAACUUUCAAUUAUGA